AUGUCUUUUCCAUCAGCCGCGGAUUCGGCAUCCGACACUCAUCCUUCUUCCCCGACUCAUCCUACCCACCCAUUAAUUAAAGCACUACAAGUAUCUUUGCAAAGAGAAAUUUUCUUCAAGCCUGAGAAUGAGGAAUUGACUGAAGACUAUAAGAAUGCGAUCAACAGAUAUAAUAAAGCAUUCAUCAAGCAAUAA